GCAGCUUCCCCCCCCCCGUCCCCAGCCAGCGACUUUUCUCUUGAUCUUUUAUUUGCCGGAACCUGGUCGAGGAGGCAGACAGAUCUGAUCCGUCCAAUCUCCUUUGGAGCGAGGAUCAGCUCAUGCUGGGUUUUCAUCUCCCAAAAAGGGCGAGGGCAGCAGGCAGCCCCGUCCUUGCCCGCCCGGGUGGCACAGAAUGCGCCAAGCAGUCCAGCCAGGAGCGGGGGAAAGGAGGCAGAAAGAAGCCCAGGCCAUCGACCAGGAGCUGUUUGAGGAGUACAAGUUCAGCGUGGACCAGCUGAUGGAGCUGGCGGGUCUCAGCUGUGCCACGGCCAUUGCCAAGGCAUACCCAACCAGUACUUUCACCAUCAGCCAGCCAGCGGUGCUGAUCGUGUGCGGCCCUGGGAACAACGGUGGAGAUGGAUUAGUCUGUGCCCGUCAUCUGAAAAUGUUUGGCUACGAGCCAACCCUCUAUUAUCCCAAAUGCCCCAACAAGCCACUUUUUGAAGGUUUAACCACCCAGUGUAAGAAGAUGGAGAUCCCGUUCCUCACAGAGUUUCCAUCUGAAGCUGCCCUCAUCGAUGAGGUUUACGGCCUGGUGGUGGAUGCCAUCUUUGGAUUCAGCUUCCAGGGAGCCGUGCGGGAGCCUUUCGGUACAAUCCUGAGUACCUUGGAAAAGGUGACCAUCCCUGUGGUCAGCAUCGAUAUUCCUUCCGGCUGGGAUGUGGAGAAGGGGAAUCCUGAUGGGCUGCAGCCGGACAUGCUGAUUUCACUCACAGCACCCAAGAAGGCGGCCCGGCACUUCCAGGGGCGCUACCAUUUCCUGGGGGGCAGGUUUGUGCCCGAGGCCCUGCAGAAGAAGUACGCGCUCAACCUGCCACCCUACCCAGAGACGGACUCUGUCCUGCGCCUCUCCUAGAGCUGGCCCUGCAGAGUGCAACAGACUACAAGGCCCAUCUGCUAGGGAAGGGGGGCUGUGGCUGUAGGGAGCAGUUCUGCAGGCCCACAUCCCAACAUCCCCCCCCCAUGAGGACAGAUCAGAUCUUGCUCCCAGAGCCAGCAAGAGGCUCGCCCAGUUUGAUUGUAUUUCAGAUCUGUGCAAGGGAGCAGCUCUUUGUUAGUCUCUCAAGGAGGCUUAGUUGAUGCUUUGUAUAAAUUGGAUUUUGUCUUCCUUGAAUAAAAAUAAGAUGGGGGAAA